AUGAGUGCUACAAGUACAGACGAAAUUCCACGAUUCUAUCCCAUUGGCACUCCAGGUAAACCCUGGGAGGAAGCCGAUUGUAAGGCAUGGAAGGAGCAAGCCAAAGUGCAAAGAUCGUAUCAGAAAGAAGUCGUCGACAAACUACAACUUGUCAAAGACGAAGCGAAAUAUAAGGAUCAAGAUUGGUUUGAGAUUAAGCACUAUGGUGCAUUGUCACACGAUCCUUCAAGAUAUCCACUAGUUGCAAUUCAAUCCAAAGAAUUUGACAUCGAUAAGCCCUUCGUCUUGGUGACAGGCGGUGUUCAUGGGUACGAAACAUCAGGUGUCCAAGGAGCCAUUGCCUUCUGUCAGUCAGAAAUAGCAGCCAAUAAGUAUGCCAAAAGCCUGAACAUUGUCGUGUGUCCCUGCGUCAGCCCUUGGGCCUAUGAACAUAUUCAACGAUGGCAAGCGGAUUUAUCCGAUCCGAAUCGAUCGUUUCAACCAGAUGAUGAAUCGGAACAAACGGAAGAAUCCAAGGCUCUUAUGACACAUAUUCAGCAUAUUCAGCAAGAAGUAAUGACACAGAAAGGGGAGAAGAAAGAAUCUCCCUUUUGGAAGUGUCAUUUGGACUUGCACGAAACCACAGACACAGAUGUCACAGAGUUUCGACCAGCCAAACGAGCCAAAGCUGGGUUGCCGCCACAAGAAGGAGGAAUUCCAGAUGGAUUCUAUCUCGUGGCGGAUAGUACCAAUCCCCAAUUGGAAUUUCAAAAAGCUGUUAUUGACAAGGUGAAGCAAGUCACCCAUAUUGCACCGGCAGAUGAUGCGGGCACGAUACUGGACGAGCCAGUCGUAGAAGAAGGCAUCAUUCGAGUGCCGGCUCGAGAAUUGGGAUUGUGUGGAGGAGUAACUUUGGGCGAAUACACCACAACAACAGAAGUCUAUCCUGACUCUCCCAAGGCUACUGCUGAGACUUGUAAUCAAGCGCAAGUCGCAGCAAUCAUUGGAGGGUUGGAUUACAUCUUGUCGCAAAGCUAG